GUCCGAGCUUAGAAAACAACAAUGGCUUUACAAAUGUCGACAUCGAUAUUUACGCCCGACGAAAGGGUUGCAAAGCAUGUAUAUAAGAGAAGCAUGUUCAAUAACAUUAACUUCCAUCAUCCAAGUCAACUCAAACAUUAAACACAACAUUCCAACAAUCUUCGAACAACAUACAAUAUUCACAAUAUCUAUCAUCAAAUCCAAAACAUCAAUAUCAAUACUUUUAAAUAAUCACAUCACUUCACAUAACCAAUCUCACAAUAAACCAAACACAAGAUCAUAUUUUUACACAAUGGUCAAAUACGCAGAAAUUCUCUCCUCCAACAAGGCCUUCUUCUCGGAGAAGUCUUCCCAAAACCUGACCGCCGUCUUCGUAGGCGCCACCAACGGCAUCGGCCUGGGCGCCUUGCGUGCUUUCGCACGACAUACAUCUGGCACCCCUGCGACCAUCUACGUAGUCGGACGAACUGAGAAGCAACUCUCCAGCCUCAAAGAAACAAUCACAUCUAUCAAUACAUCCGCGACAUUCAUCCCCGUCCUGGCAACCGACCUCACAACCCUCGAAGAUGCCAAGCUCGCCGCCGACGAGAUCGCACGCCACGUCUCGAGGCAACAGGACGCGAAAGUCGACCUCCUCAUCAUGUCCCCUGGAUACGUGGGGUUGAACAGAGAAGACAACGGCUCCGGCGUCGACCGCGUGCAGUCGAUUCGAUUCUACUCCCGCAUGGUCUUUUUGAACACUCUUGCGCCGUAUCUAAGGAAAUCAAGCCAUGCAAGAGUAGUGAGCGUACUGGCUGGCGGACUUGAGGGAAAUUUGUUUCUAGACGACAUGGCGCUAGAGAAGAACUUCAGCCUCCCGAAGGCUGCUGAUCACGGUGCUUCGGAGGUGUCGUUGUACUUGGAGGAGUUCGCUAAGAGACCCGAGAAUCAGUCCAUCUCUCUCGUCCAUGAGUUCCCCGGUUUGACGGGCGGAACGGGCCUUUCUAUCAAAGGUCUGCCAGGCUGGGCGCAGUUUCUCUUCGAUCAUGUCGCAACUUUCAUCUUCAAGAUUAUCGGAUACUCUGUUGACGAGGCGGGCGAGAGGGCACUGUACGCUGCGACGACGCCAAAGUUCUCCCGUGACCUAGAACAGGCGGAAAAGGGCAGUGAUGGUGUGGUCGGAAGCGGUGCAUACAUCGUGCAUUCCGAUUCGAGCGCCAUCCCGAGCAAUAAGGUUUUGGAUAGUCUGCGGGGUGAAGGGGCCGGACAGAAGGUUUGGGAAUGGACUUCGCAGGUCCUGUCAAAAGUGAAUUCGUCCUAAAAAGUUAUAAAAGAGCAGGUGACGGGGGUAAAAAUAAAUAGAUAAUGUGUAAUGAUUCCUUUGACGUAUAGUAUACCCCAAAAGGUUAUAUGGAAUAGACAUAGACAAUA